CCAGGAAUCCUGUAAUUGGUGAUAAAUUUAGCAGCCGACAUGGGCAAAAGGGUUUUUGCUCUCAAUUAUGGCCUGAUAUUGAUAUGCCCUUCUCAGGAGUUACAGGAAUGAGACCAGAUCUUAUUAUCAAUCCUCAUGCUUUCCCUUCAAGGAUGACGAUUGCUAUGCUGUUGGAGUCAAUUGCUGCUAAGGGAGGUGCUUUACAUGGGAAGUUUGUUGAUGCAACGCCAUUUUCUAACACAAUGAAGGAAGCAGGAUCAGAAUCCAGUUCGCUGGUGGAUGAACUUGGUUCCAUGUUAACGGCUUGUGGCUUCAAUCUCCAUGGUGUGGAAGUACUAUAUAGUGGAGUAUAUGGGACAAAACUGACUUGUGAAAUAUUUAUUGGACCUGUUUAUUAUUAGCGUCUGCGACACAUGGUUUCCCAUAAAUUUCAGACUCAAAAGGAGAAAAUGUCAUGCCAAUCAGUCCAAUUGGGAUGCCCACAUGUCACUUGGAAAGAGUAACAUGAAGCUCAGAACUGGGAUGCAGUCAACACUCCCAAAUAAAAGGGGAAUUGAUCUAUGGUCGAUUUCGUAACAAAUUAAAUAAAGAGGAAUUUUUAUUUGUAACUCGUAAAAAAACUUUUUAUUUUGUGAAAUGAAUUGUUUCUCUUCUUUUCGUGGAAAGAAAUUAUGUUCAAGUAAACAAAUAUGUCAUAAUUCCAAGAGUCUAUCUAUCUCGUAUAGACUCUAAGGGCAUGGCAGCCUAACCAUCGAGGUGAAAUCGAUAUCUAAACGAUCGAAUGAAAAUGACCGUUCGAUCAUAAUUCCUUUCUCAAAAUAGCCUAAUU